GAUUUGGACGAACUAUAUAUUUUCACUUUAACCAUAUACGUGCUUCGUCAUUCUUGCAGAGCUUACUUGCAAUAUACAUAAUUUGUUGUCACAGACAUAUUGAAGGAAACAUAGGGAGUUUUGAAGUUGUCAUUGACAUGGCUGAGAUUGACGUUGAAAGUUUGUUUAACUAUGCCAUGAAGGGGCAAUGGAGGGAAACUUUAGAGGCUUACAACAAAAACCCUGGUGCAUUAGAGGCUAAGAUCACAAAAGCAGAAGACACAGUGUUGCAUCUUGCAGUGUAUUUAGGCCAAACGAAUUUUGUGAGGGAGGUGUUGGAUGGCAUCAACGAAGAGGUGUGUCUCAACGUAUUGCACAUGCAAAAUUUGAAGGGAAACACCACUUUGCACCUGGCAGCAGAGGUUGGGAACGUGGACAUGUGUCACAAAAUGGCUAAGAGGGAUUCCAAACUCAUUUGUGCUCGUAACUUGGAAGGUGAAACCCCUCUCUUCUUGGCUGCUGUUCAUGGCAAAAGAGAGGCUUUCUUAUGUCUGCAUGACCUAAAACAAAACCAUGACGAUGACGAUGACGAUGAAGAUUAUUCCUUGGUUAAGAAAAGCAAUGGCAACACCAUUCUUCAUUGUACCAUCUCCAGUGAACACUUUGGUUUGGCGCUUCAAAUAAUUAAGUUGUAUCCAAAGCUUGUGAAUUCUGUAAACCAGCACGGGUUAUCACCUCUGCAGGUUCUGGCUGGGAAGCCUAAUUGUUUCAAAAGUAGCACGCGGAUGGAGUUACUUCAGAGUAUUAUUUACAAUUGUUCGAUUGUUGAUGAGAUUGAGGAAACAGAUGAUGUAUGUUACAAUAGAGAACACAAAACUCACCACUACCCAACGAACUACGAAACAUGCGCCACCUUCUUUUCAUUGUUGAAGAGUACUGCAAUAGGAAAAGAUGACAAAGCUGCAAGCAAUGACGAAGAGAGUAAUGUCUCGCAAAAAUCUGCAGAGGAAGAGCAAGCAAAGAAAUCAGAAAAAAAACGUUACGGGUUCCCACCCAAUUGGGCAGCAGCGAUCCGAUUCCUAACUCAUAUGAUGAAGCUCUUGCUAAUCAUUUGCGGUGUUGGAGCAAAUUGGAUUGGUAAAAUCCAACGAAAGAAGGUGAAACACAUUCAGGCUAUGCAAUUGAUGAAUGAACUAAUCGAGUGUGGUUCUUCUUCUUUGUUCAAGCAUGAUUAUACAAGUAUGAGUGUUCAUGGGAGCGUGAAAAGUAGAAGAAAGGCGGCACCUAUUCUAAUUGCAGCAAAGAUGGGAGUGAGGGAAAUGGUUGAAAAGAUCCUUGACACAGAACCAAUGGCUAUCCAUGAGGUGGAUUCUGAGAACAAGAAUGUUGUUCUUUUGGCCAUAGAGAACAGACAACCUCAUGUGUACAGCCUGUUGAAUAAGAGAAGUUUGAUUAGGGAAACUGCAUUUCGUCAAGUAGACAAGAAUGGUAACAGUGCAUUGCAUCUUGCUGCCACCUAUGGGAGUCAUAGGCCUUGGCGUGUCCCUGGUGCUGCUAUGCAGAUGCAGUGGGAAUACAAGUGGUACAAGCUUGUUAAGGACUCCAUGCCACCAAAUUUCUUUGAACGUUACAAUGAGAACGGAGAAACAGCAAAGCAGCUCUUCAUUAAAACACACCAAGGACUUGCGAAAGAAGGUGGGAAAUGGCUGGCCAAAACAUCAGAAUCAUGCACACUGGUAGCCGCGCUGGUUGCAACAGUUGCAUUCGCUACCUCGACGGCUAUACCAGGCGGUCCUGAUCAACGCACGGGUUAUCCAUUACUUGGAGGAAGACCUGCUUUCAACAUCUUCGCCGUAACAUCACUAGUUGCACUAUGUUCCUCUGUCACAGCCCUUGUUUUAUUUCUUUCAAUACUCACGUCUCGGUUCCAAGAAAAGGAUUUUGCUUUGGACUUACCCAGAAAGCUUCUUCUGGGAUUGACCACACUCUUCACAUCUAUAGCAUCUGUCUUGGUCUCAUUCUGUGCAGGGCAUUUCUUUAUAGUUGAGAAUGAGCUGAAAUUUGCAGUUUAUCCCAUAUAUGCUGCUACGUGUUUACCUGUGUCGUUUUUUGCACUUGUGCAACUCCCUCUUUACCUUGAUCUCUCCUUGGCUAUGAUAAGGAAAGUUCCCCAGCGCAGCUAUAAAGUGCACUCGCACGGAAUGCAUCAUCAUUAUUAGCCCGAGUUACUUUUUACAAUUUCAUGUGCAACAUUGUUGUCUGUUAAACUACCACUUUUCGACACAUUCAUUUCUUUGUUCAAAUAAUCUUUCUUUUAAUUGGUUGUUUCUAGGCAAUUAUCACAAGC